GCAUUAAUGGAGCCACUGACUAUAGGGAGAGUUAUAGGAGAAGUUGUGGAUGUUUUUACGCCCAGUGUCAAAAUGACGGUCACUUACAAUUCUAAUAAGCAGGUUGCUAAUGGUCAUGAGCUUAUGCCUUCUGUCAUUGCUGCAAAACCUCGUGUUGAGAUUGGUGGAGAUGACAUGAGAUCUGCUUAUACAUUAAUCAUGACAGAUCCAGAUGCUCCAAGCCCAAGUGAUCCGUACUUGAGAGAACAUCUGCACUGGAUGGUGACAGAUAUUCCUGGAACCACUAAUGCUUCCUUUGGAAGAGACAUUAUAAGCUACGAGACUCCAAAGCCGGUGGUGGGAAUCCAUAGAUAUGCUUUCAUAUUAUUCAAGCAAAAAGGAAGACGAACUGUGAGGCCGCCGGCUUCCAGGGACCAUUUCAACACAAGGAGCUUCUCUGCAGAAAACGGUCUCGGCCUGCCCGUCGCUGCCGUCUACUUCAAUGCCCAAAGAGAAACUGCUGCAAGAAGACGAUAA